AUGUCAAGCCUGAAUAAAGUUGAUAUUGAAUUACUGGAGCUAAGAAGCACUGGUGAAAAUAUUGAGAGUGUUUGUUCUACUCACAAAAGGCUCUAUUUGGGAACAUUUGAAGACAGACAAAGAAUUUGCUAUGACCCUUUUAAGAAGCAUGGUAAAAUGACUGCUAAGAAAUCUUUGAAACCUAUUUCUUUAACCAUGGCAAGGAAAUAUAAAACCCUCGGACUUUUCCCAGGUACCAAGCUGUGCAUAACAUGCCUUAAGGACAUUUUAUCUUCUACGGGGGAUAACCUUCUACGGAUGGAUGAAUGCGACAUUGAAGAUGAAUGUGACGUUGAAGAUCAAGAAUAUACACCAGAUCCAUCUACAGCUCUUAAAACCAUAAAAGUCGUGAAUUACUUGAAAUUUCACCAUUUAAGGUUACCAAGAGAGCACAAGAAAGGCAUCCAGAAUACAUUCCGCUUAGCUUUAAAAUUCCAGAAAACAGCAUCAGAAGUGCUACACGUCCCAGCGAAAAAUGUGUCUGAAGAAACUGGCAAGUGCUGA